GUCCAGCGCACCGCUGUUACGCAACAGCCGAAACAUGGCGGAGGUCAGGCGGUGCGCGGGGAGGGAAACCGGGGUUAAAAUGUUAAAAUGCUACCUUCUGGAGAACCGAACCCAGCGCGGAACAAAGUCAGUGCGCGCUGGGUCUCUAUCGGCCGGGUUUCUGCUGGGUGACAUUAAAAGCUGCGAGCGGAACCGAGAGGAAGCGGCACCGGGAAGCCGUCGGGACGGUUACGCGAAGGUGAGCCAGCUGCCGAGUGGAGCUGAAGCCGGUGCGGAGAAGGUAAACAGGCGUAAAAAACGCUGCUAUGUUGGACCUACGGGACGGUUAUGUUCGAACGGGACUCUGACAGAACUCACUAACCGGAACGCUCCCCGGUACCGGAGCUGCAAUAAGUUCUGGAGGACUUUCCCACUUCAUCUGGAUCCCGGCUCUCCUCAGUUCGUUUUCACCCGGUACUACGGCGGGGACACGUCCAGAUCCGAGCCCCUGCACAGAACCAGAACCGGCUACUAUGACGUCCUGGAGGUGUCCCCCUCCGCCACCCAGGCCCAGAUCAAAACCGCCUACUACAAGCAGUCCUUCGCCUUCCACCCGGACCGCAACUCGGGCAGCGAGGAGGCCACGGUGCGCUUCUCGGAGAUCAGCGAGGCCUACAUGGUGCUGGGCAACAAGAGCCUCCGCAAGAAAUACGACACGGGGCUCCUGAGCCUGUCCGACCUGGUCGCCAGAGCCAAGCCCGCCGGCGGGGCCUCCUCCGGGGUCUCAGGCGAGCAGCAGGCCGGGAGCAGCCGGUCGGCGGCGGGCGCAGCCUUACGCGAGAGAGUCUUCGACUUUGACGAGUUCUACAAGGCCCACUACAGCGGACAGCUGCAGAGACAGAGGGAGAUCCGGUACCGGAAGGAGGAGAUGCUGAAGAAGAAGCAGGAGAGAGCGGGAGAAAAGAAGCUGGGCAGGAUGAUGGAGAUCGGCGUCGGGAUGCUGCUGGUGUCUGCUGCUGGGAUUAUACUGAGCUUGAGGUAGUGAGGAAAGUUUGGUGGAGGGACGACCUCAAACAGGCUGCUGCUCGUUUUUUGUGCUUUAUGGCACCGGCAGGAAAUGACCCAGAGCCAGACGCCGGGGCAGGACAUUUUAAACAAGCAGAUCUGGCUCCAACAAUAUAGGAUUAAUCUCCUUCUGGGUGUUUUGUAGCCACCAUAAUGUCAGCUUUCACACUCACUCAGACAACCAAAGGUUCUGUUCAUAAAGAAAUGGACUUAUGAGUCCAGAACAUAACAUCUAGCCUCAGAGGUGAGCUGGAGGUACUUUGGGUAGACCAGAGGUCACAGUGGUUCCCUUUAUACACCCAUUUCACUCCUACAUGUUAUUAAUUACCACCAUUUAGGCACUUUAGAUGUAAAAAAAGAUCUAUCCUCACAUAUCCAAAAUAUUUUUUUAUUCAGGUCCUGAUCUCACAGAGCCAGAUUUCCGCUCACCAGAUGUUGAGCUGAUCGCAGAAAAACAACCACAACUAAACGGAGAACCGAACUCCAUGAAAAAUCCAAAACUAAACAGAAAAAUAAACGUUUGUUGGUGCAAAAUGGAAGAAGGAUGACAUUGAGAUGUAUAAGAACAGAGAUGAAUUUAUCCUCUCACCUCAUUUCCUCCGUGGUGGUGGUGGGACGGGGGCUUUAUUUAGCUGUAAUGAGAUUAAUCGGUUGUUUCUCUGCACACUGUGUGUAAACUGCUCAGGAACCGCUUUCAUUUUGAUGUUUAAACGUAAUUAACUUUGGGAAGUUUGGUGAUCGGGAUUCUUGAUUUCUGUCCUCGGGGCUGGAUAGAUCGUUGCAACUGUGGCUUUCAUAAAGUCAUGUGACGUUGUACAUUUUACUAUUUCUUUUGGGCUGGCAAAUUUAAUUUGAUUCAGUUUCUUAGUAUUUAUUAAAUGGAUGCAGCAUUGUUAUGGAACUAGAAAGGUCUUUUAAACGGGUCCGCUGUGAUCAGAUUGUUAUUCUAAGGAAUGUGCCUUUCAUGUUUUACUGUAAAGGUUAAAUUGUUCCAGAUAAUAAAAAAUUACCUCCAAGCAGUGA